AUGGGUGUCACUGGCCUGUGGACCGUCGUCCAGCCCUGUGCCCGACCUAUCAAAAUCGAAACCCUGAACAAGAAACGACUCGCCGUCGAUGCCUCCAUCUGGAUCUACCAAUUCUUGAAGGCCGUCCGCGACAAGGAUGGCAAUGCCCUGAGGAACAGUCACGUCGUUGGCUUCUUUCGUCGUAUCUGCAAGCUGCUCUACUUCGGUAUCAAGCCAGUCUUUGUAUUCGAUGGCGGCGCUCCUGCCCUCAAGCGCGCUACCAUCAAUGCUCGCAAGCAGAGAAGAGAAGGAAGAAGAGAGGAUGCCACCCGCACUGCUGGCAAGCUGCUUGCCCUCCAGAUGCAACGCAUCGCCGAGGAAGAGGAGAACAAUCGCAAGCGUGCCACACAUGCUGCUCCACAAGAAGAGGAGGAGCCGCUGCCCGACAACCUGGUCUAUGCUGAUGAGGUUCUCAUGAACCCGCAGGAACGUCAGCAGAACAAGGCUUUCAGGAAGAAGGACCAAUAUCAUCUCCCUGAUCUAGGCGUCCCUCUUUCCGAGAUGGGUGCACCCAACGAUCCAAGAAUCAUGUCCCUCGAGGAGCUUGAGACCUAUGCUCGUCAAUUCGACACUGGCGAAGACAUCAACGUCUACGACUUUUCCAAGAUUGACUUCGAUGGUCCUUUCUUCCUCAGUCUCCCACCUAGUGAUCGUUACAACAUUCUAAAUGCAGCUAGACUGCGAAGUAGACUNCGAAUGGGCUACUCCAAAGAUCAGCUGGACACAAUGUUUCCCGACCGUAUGGCCUUCUCCAAGUUUCAAAUCGAACGAGUGACCGAGCGCAAUGACUUGACUCAACGCCUGAUGAACCUGAACGGCAUGAACGACGACCUUAUGUACGGCCUGGAUGCUCCUGGAAGAGUUGCUGGUGAGAGGGGCAGAGAGUACGUGUUGGUCAAGAACGAUGGUGUUGAGGGAGGUUGGGCCUUGGGUGUCGUUACGGGCAAAAAUGAUGGUGUGGAAAACAAGCCAAUCGACGUCGACGCUGCCGAACAGGAAGUCAAUGAAGACCAAGAUGAAGAUGAGGACGAUGACUUCGAGGACGUUCCAAUCGAAGGUCUAAAUCGCCUGCCCAAGACAACGACUACUCAGCAAGAGAAGACAUUGGGCACGGAAAUGGCCAGAAGAAGACAAGCUUUCUACAGAUCGAAGAGAAGCGCUCCUCGUAGGCGAACUAAGGCUCUUCAACCGCGCAGGCCUGCAGAAGAAGCCGAGGGCUUGUUUGUAGAAGAUGACCAGGAUACAGCUAUGGAGGUCGACAACGAGGACGGCAGUGCUUCCGAUGAUGAAGAACUUCAGCGAGCUAUUGCUAUGUCUAUGCAAAAUGAGGACGCCGAACCUGAAGAAGAACAGAUGCAAGAGGAGGAAGAGAAAGAAGACUGGUUUGAUAAAUUCCAGCAGUCCCGUGCCGAUGAGGGUCGUCCUAUUCCGCGUGGUGGCGGGCUCGCUAUUGCGCAUAUCGUCAACAGUCGAGCAGGCAAGGCAGUACCAGUCGCGCCGUCACCAAACAGUGACAAUGACAACACAGAACUGCAAGCUGCUCUCACAAAGUCUCGUAACGAGGCCAUGCCCAAGUCUAACGCUUUUGGCGAGGAAAGUGAUGACAGUGAAGACGAUAUGGACUUCCAGGCCGCACUGGCCGAGUCACGCAAGUCAAAGUACCAAUCUAAGCAGCCACCGAAGAGUCGACCCGAAUCUCCUGCUCAAACUAAAUCCGCUCCAGUACCCAAAAAUGCUGCUGGCUUUGCAGGACCUCUUCCUUUCGAAAAGUUAGAUCUGGGUAGCUCCCUGCUCGGUAAGAAGAAGAUGCAAAAGGCGCAGGAGGAGAUGGCAGGAGGCUUCGAGCGCGAUGACACCGGCCCGGCCAAGAAAGACAAGUCAGAACCUCUGCCUCCAUGGUUUGAUGGAGACCUUGGCGCCAACAUUGCUAAGCAGAAGGCUCUCGAACGCGACGACUGGCAAAAGACCAAAGCAUACAACGAAGAGUUUCAAUUUGCCGAGGUGCCACCUCUGGGCCGUCACUCAUCUCGUGAAGUUAUUGAUCUCGACCUUGAAGAAUCACAACCCAAGGAUGUUAGUCAACAAAUAAUCGACAUCUCGGACGAGGAAGAGGAGAAAGAUGCUUCUCCAAAGCCUGCAGACACGAGUGCGGAAGAAACCCCUGCUAUGGGUGACUUAGCAGAUCGUGUUAAAGCAGUGCCUCCAAUUCUAAACAGUUCUGAAAAGGAAAAGGUCGAGACAUCAACGAUGCCGGUCAUUAGUCGCAAAGACUCAGAGGGAGCGUCACAGGAUGAAAGUCCCGUCGUCUCAGAGCAAGCCAAGCAAAAUAUCGCGCCUUUGAAGAACAACCCAUUCGCAGAAGAAGAGGAUGAUGAAGAAGACGAGGCCAUGGAGUGGGAGCAAGUCGACAAUCAGCAGACCAGCUUCGAGAAUGAACCAUCAGCAACGAUUCAGUCUCAAGCAAAAGAGCCUUCGCCAACACUCACAAAGCAACCCACGCCAGAAGCCGAAAAAGAGGCUGUUAAGUCCCCAUCUCCAGAUUUCGAGAAUGUAGACAUCCCAGAUCAGCCUGAGGAGAUACAACCGGCGAGCGCGGAAGAUCAGCCCACAGUGAGUCCAGCUGCUGACAUUCCAGGAUCUGUGACUGGUACAGCAGACCAGAAUCUUGCAGCUGAGCCUGCAGCCGACGAAUUUGGGUAUUACUCGGACUCUGAGGAUGAUGAAUUGCUCCGUCAGCUUGCCACUGAAACAGAAGAACAUGCUCGAUUUGCUUCGUCUUUGAACCACAAGACGCAGCAACAAAACGUGGAAGAGUAUGAGCGCGAGUUGAAGCAGCUUCGCUCCCAACAAAAGAAAGAUAGACGUGAUGCUGAUGAAGUGACCCAUGUCAUGAUUCAAGAAUGUCAGCAACUGCUGAAGUUGUUUGGGCUACCUUACAUCACUGCACCAAUGGAGGCUGAAGCACAAUGCGCAGAACUUGUCACUCUCGGUCUAGUCGAUGGCAUUGUGACUGAUGAUUCAGAUUGCUUCCUUUUCGGUGGCACUCGCAUCUACAAGAACAUGUUCAACCAAGCCAAAUUCGUCGAGUGUUACUUGACCACCGACUUCGAGAAGGAGUUUGACCUGACACGGCAGAAAAUGAUCGGCAUCGCCCAACUCCUCGGCUCAGAUUACACAGAAGGCCUUCCAGGCGUAGGUCCAGUCACCGCCCUUGAAAUCCUAUCCGAAUUCCCUGAUCUCAAAGACUUCCGCGACUGGUACAAUGCCGUUCAGAUGAACCAGAUACCCAAAUCAGAAGAUGCGGCAAACCCCUUCCGCAAAAAGUUCCGUCGCCAAGUAACGAAACUCUUCCUUCCUUCCGAAUUCCCAGAUCCCAGAGUGGAGACGGCAUACCUACAACCAGAAGUAGACAACGAUCCAUCUGCAUUCCAGUGGGGUGUUCCCGACUUGAGCGCCCUUCGCAGUUUCCUGAUGGCAACUAUUGGAUGGAACUCUGAGCGCACAGAUGAAGUCCUCGUUCCUGUCAUCAAAGAUAUGAAUCGCAGGCANGAAGAAGGCACACAAGCCAACAUUACUGCAUUCUUUGAUGGUGGAAUUGGUGCUGGUGCUUAUGCGCCUAGAAAGAGGAUUGAGCAGGGUAGUAAGCGUAUGGGUAGUGCACUUGACCGCAUGGCGCGGGAGGCAAGGAAGAAGAGGAAGGGUGGUGUUGUGGAGGAUGAAGAAGAGUAUACCGAGACUGCUGAGGCGGAGAAACCGGCGCCUAAGAAGAAGGCAAAGAGGAACUCGAAGAGAUCUGCUGCUGCCAGCGCUUCGGCUGAUGUUUAG